CUGAGCCGCAGUUUCGAGAUUUUCGUUUUUAUUUUGAUUCGAUUUUUGUUGAUAACCCAGCAAACCACAAACUACUACUACUUCCACUACUGCUAGUUCUUAGUGAAAGCAUCUCAAAAUGCAGGAACCAGCGAGGAAAAUGUGCAAUAUCGCCUUUGAAGGCUGCUGCCAUGGCGAAUUAAACAAAAUCUACAGAGCAGUCGAACAGCUCCAGCACAAGAUCGACCUUGUGAUCAUUGGUGGUGAUUUCCAGGCCGUGCGGAAUUACAGUGACUUACAAAGCAUGAGCGUGCCGCCAAAGUACGCGCGGCUGGGCGACUUUGCCGACUACUACUCCGGCAAGAAGAAAGCACCCGUGUUGACGAUCUUUAUCGGCGGGAACCACGAGGCGAGUAACUACUUGUCCGAGCUGUUCUACGGCGGCUGGGUCGCGCCGAAUAUAUACUACAUGGGUGCCGCGAACGUGCUUACAUUCAAGGGACUCCGCAUCGGGGGUCUGUCGGGGAUUUACAACGAGAAGCAUUACAACAUGGGCCAUCAUGAGCGGGUGCCGUAUAACGCCGAUACGCUGAGAUCGGUGUAUCAUGUCCGGCAGUUUGACGUGAUGAGGAUGUACAUGACCAGCACCAGGUUCGAGUUCAUGCUAUCGCACGACUGGCCGCGGGGGAUAGAGCAUCACGGCAAGCUGAAGAAACUGUUAUUCAAGAAACCGCAUUUCAGAGAAGAUGUGGAGAAGGGCGAGAUAGGGUCUCCGCCGAUGAUGACGUUGCUUAAAUACAUCAAGCCAAAGUACUGGUGGAGCUCGCAUCUCCAUGUCAAGUACGCGGCCAUGGUCAGGCAUCAGACGCUGAAGAGAAAGAGGAAGAACCGUGCUCAAGAGUCGGAGGAGGAUUUCGCCGCGGAAGUGCCUUUGGCAGAUGGCUACAUGCGCACGCAUUUCUUGUCGCUCGAUAAAUGCGUCAAAGGCCGAAAUUUUAUUCAGCUGACCCGUGUUCCAUACGAAUCGGAACAAGGUCUGUGCUACGACCCCGAAUGGCUUGCGAUGACAAAAGCUCUGGAGCCGUACAUGUCAUGGGAACGGGAAGGAUCGAAUAAGUUCACCCACCGAGAGGACCGCGAUAAGCUGAUUGAUGAGAUCAGAAAGCAGAAGAGAUGGGUGCAUGACAAUAUAGUGAUGAAGGGAAAGCUUAAGAUUCCGCAGAAUUUCCAGAUAUCGGCGCCGGUUGUGGAUCAUAGCCAGGAAAAGAUCUGGCAGAGGUUGCCUUUUCCGAUCGAGUAUAAAAAUAAUCAGACACAGGAGUUUUGCGAUUUGCUGCAGAUGGAGAAUCGCGUAUACAAAGGCCCGGCUAAACCUCAGUCUCGGGCUAAAGGAGUGGCUAAAGGAGUGGUUUCGGAGAGUGCAGGUAAUACUGCCGCUGAAGCUCCGGAUGAGGAUGAGCUUGAAGAGAGCCCGGCUGGACUUUAUUCUCUGGAUGAAGAAGUGGUUGCGGAGAGUGCAGGUAAUGCUGCUGCUGAAGCUCAGGAUGAGGCUAAACCUGAGGUGACCCCGGAGAGUGCAGGUGAUGAUAUGGAACAGGACAAGUAGAUAUUUAAGAUACGUUUGUAG